CUGAGGGUGUUCAGUGUUCAACAGAAUCCCGUAUCACCUCCAUUGAAUCUCGAGAUCUCGUAGCAAUGAGAAAUUAUCUACCCGUAACCCUGGUGGUCCUAAUAUUUUCCACCUCUCUCAACCUAUCCCAAUGCCAAGGCCAACGAUCGCCGUCGAGCAAAGAGGGAGUGAGGCUGAAGACUAAUGACAGACGAGCUGUCGGUCUCGCGACUUAUCCCAGGAUCGGUCGAUCCGAUUUAUCUAUCAAUUUCAACCGCCACGGCGAUAUAGAACCGGAAACUGAACUCUACAAUCCCGACUUGGACAGCUCGGAUAAAGAUUAUGAAGAUCCUCGCAAUCUGACCCCCGGAUACGCGGGAAGGAUUCCGAAUCACGUACCGAAGGAACUGGCUUGGUUGAUCUCACCUUCUAAAGACUAUCGACCGUGGCAGAAGAUCGACGAAAGGCCCGUCUACUCACCGAUACGAGGAUCUCGAAACAGUCAGCUGAACGGUUACACGCCGAGGCUCGGCCGCGAGAACGACAUGGAGCGGUCCCUCUGCAAAUGAUGUCCAAGCCGAGCUGAUAUAACGGAUCCGUAAUGCGACACAACCGAAUCUGUCUUUACUUCGUGGCCAGCGACCGAUAUAAUUGUAAAACUUUCCUAAAAGCUAUCAGGGAAUCGUAGAACGAGAUCCUCUGUGCGAAACACGAAUUCGAAACCCAUUAUCCUGCGAGAAUUUAUUGAAGUUUGCAUGUGUAUACGUCGUGGCAUAGAAUUUUCGCUGACUCACGAAAGCCGUAAUAAAGCUGGUGAAACGAUGUUUCUUUACCUCC